UGCACACACUUCUCUAAGGCAAAGCCUUUAAAUUUGCUCUUUGUGUGUAUUUUCAGGUAACUGAGCUGAAUGAGCCCCUCUCAAAUGAGGACAGAAACCUGCUGUCUGUAGCCUACAAGAACGUAGUCGGAGCUAGACGAUCUUCCUGGCGCGUCAUCAGCAGCAUAGAGCAGAAGACCAUGGCAGAUGGGAACGAGAAGAAGCUGGAGAAGGUUAAAGCCUAUAGGGAGAAGAUAGAAAAGGAGCUCGAGACAGUCUGCAAUGAUGUUUUGGCUCUCCUAGAUAAAUACUUGAUCAAGAACUGCAAUGACUUCCAGUAUGAGAGCAAGGUCUUUUAUCUGAAAAUGAAAGGGGAUUACUACCGCUAUUUGGCAGAAGUUGCUGCUGGAGAGAAGAAGAACAGUGUGGUGGAAGCCUCAGAAGCUGCCUACAAAGAGGCAUUUGAAAUCAGCAAAGAGCACAUGCAGCCCACUCACCCAAUUAGGCUGGGGCUGGCACUCAAUUUCUCAGUGUUCUACUAUGAAAUCCAGAAUGCUCCCGAGCAGGCCUGCCUUUUAGCCAAACAAGCCUUUGAUGAUGCCAUAGCAGAGCUGGACACACUAAAUGAGGAUUCCUACAAGGACUCCACUCUCAUCAUGCAGUUACUUCGAGAUAACCUCACUCUGUGGACGAGUGAUCAGCAAGAUGAAGAAGCAGGAGAGGGCAAUAAUUAAAAAGCUUUCCUCUGAUCCCUAUUUCAUCCACUUGGCCAUCCCCAUCAUCACCAAUAUUUCCUUGCCACAGUCACACUAAAUAUCUAGUGCUAAGCAUAUCUGUAUUGUACAGCUGUUCAGAUCUGCUGUCCACUUUAUCGAGAAGCAGUUUCAGAUGAGUCUUCAUGGGCAUUGAUGGAUUGAUUGGUUUAUUGGCCCUAUUUAUCUUAGUUGCACUUGAGCAGUGCAGAAAGAGGCAUUUAUAGUUUGCCUCUUGAUUGGAAAAUAUGGGAAGGAGUAAUGGAAAAUGAUUGAGGAGAACUAGAUUCCAGUUAAAUUUUUUCCAUUUGAAAUGAGCUGACAGUUCUGUUAAGCAGUACAUUUUGUGCAUGCAAAGUAAAUUAGCCACCCCAAAUUUUUUUCAGUCAAUGAAAACAGUUAGGCUGAUGUGAAAUGACAACUCUGGUCAUCAGUUUACAAUAAACUGUUUGAAAUGUGAGGUUUCAGUAGCAAUUUGGUUUUUUUGCCUCUAACUUAUGUGCACAGUUUCUUUUAAUGCAGUGCAUUUACCUAAGAGUUUUGAUACUUGUAACCUUUUGCAGUUGUUUUGAAGAAUUUAUUUUUUGUAAACUCUUUGGCUGUUUAGUUGUCUGUGUAUUCUGACAACUCUGUGUCAAUAUUUGCCCAUGUUAAGAUGGAUGACUGAGAUGCCAGACUUCUAAAUUAAAUGUUUUGGAAUUAAGUGAAUCAAAUAAAAUGCUGCUUCAGGGAUGUUAUCUCUA